AUGUUAUUGUUAUUCUUGAUGUCAUGUUUCCUUUAUUUUUACUUUCUUUCAAAAGGUAAGAGAUAUUCUGGUCGACUUCCACCUGGUUCUUUGGGAGUCCCCUUGAUAGGCCAAUCCUUUGAUCUUCUAAAGGCCUUGAAAGAUGACAAAGUCCAAGAAUGGUUGCAAGAAAGAAUUGCUAAACAUGGUCCUAUUUGGAAAGCCAACCUUUUUGGAUAUCCAACUGUUGUUUUACAUGGUGUAACUGCAAAUAAGUUUGUAUAUACUUGUGACGGGAACGUACUCACCAACACACAACCACCGUCUAUUAGUAGGAUACUGGGUACGAGUAACAUAAUUGAGUUGAUCGGCGAUGAUCAUAAACGAGUUAGAGGAGCCUUGGUUUCGUUCUUGAAGAUUGAUGUUUUGAAACAAUAUGUUGCAAAAGUAGAUGAAGAAAUCCUACAUCACCUAGAGACACAUUGGCGUGGUAAAAAUGAAGUCCAGGUGCAACCGUUGAUUAAGAUAUUAACCUUCAACGUAAUUUGUUCGCUUCUCUUUGGGAUCGAAAGAGGACCCAAGCGAGAGCGGCUGCUACCACUGUUUCAAGAUAUGAUUGAAAGCACGCUAGCAAUUCCUAUCAACUUACCAUUCACUCAAUUUAGUCGAGGACUCAAAGCGAGAAAGAAAUUGGUAACAAUGCUUCUAGAUCUUAUAAACGAGAAAAAGGAGGCAAUGAAAGUGCAAAAACAACAAGCUAAUCCUCAUAAAGAUCUUAUUAUUUCGUUGCUUCAGAGUAACAACGAUGAUAGCUCAAGAAUGAUGUCUGAUGAAGAGAUCAUUGACAACAUCAUCGUUGUAAUGGUUGCAGGAUAUGAUACUACAUCCGUUUUACUCACAUUGUUGACGAGGCUUUUGGCUAAUAACGAAUCUAUUUACUCUAAAAUAGCUCAAGAACAAGAAGAAAUUUCCAAGAGCAAACUUUCGGGAGAAGCUUUGACAUGGGAAGACCUUACGAAGAUGAAAUACACAUGGAGAGUAGCUUCCGAGACACUUAGAAUGGACCCUCCUGUGAUUCUAACCUUUCGACGAGCAGCCCAAGAGAUCGAGUAUGGUGGAUACAUAAUUCCCAAAGGAUGGCAAGUGAUGCUUUCUGCAUCCAUGACACAUAAUGAUGAGAACAUUUUCCAAAACCCAACCAUAUUUGAUCCGGCCCGUUUUGAGAAACAUGCACCAUCACCACCACCUUUCAGUUUGGUGCCAUUUGGAGCUGGGCCAAGGAUGUGCCCUGGCACUGAGCUUGCCAAAAUGGAAACUUUGGCCAUGAUCCAUCGGUUGGUGACACUUUUCAAAUGGGAGCUCCUUAGCAAAAACGAAUCCUUCAAAAGAAUACCAAUGCCAGAAUUCCAUAAAGGGUUGGAGGUUGGAUUAAGGCCAAUGGAAAAGAAACUUUACCAAAUCAUAUAAAAAGAAAUGUAAUUGCAUAACAUGGUGAAAACUCUAGUGAGGAUCCUCGUUCUCAAAAUGUUGAAGAUAUUGAGUGAAAAAUACUGAAAAAAAAGAAAGAAAAGAGUGUAAAAACUCUCAUGUUACAGUGGGCCCAAAGAAUGACCCCAUGUACCACCUGCAUGAAAAUAAAUGUGUAAUAUAAUUGUAAGUAUGCGAAAAAUGUAUAAGUAGAAAGUAUUAUAUGAGUAUAUGUCAUGUGUGUCUGUGUGUGUGAGAUGAUAUAUGAUUGAUAUAAUUUGAUCUAGAAUAAUUAUUUAUGAGAAUUCAUAUU